GUUUUCUUUGUGUGGCAGCAGUGAGCUGACGUCAGGUCGGUUCCUUGAAGUGGAGCUGAAUAAACCUUGAGAAGAGUCUCCUUCAAUCUGCUGUUAGUAACUAACACACACACUCACACACACCGAGACUCAAUUACUGCCCAAUUCCCUUCUUUAUCAUCGUCCCUCUUUCACAACCAAAAGCGACCACGGGGAAAGAGAGGCGAGAGAGCACCGAGCUGAAGAGUGAGACAAACUGAAACCAGGUUGGAAAUAAGUAAAGUGUCGAAAGUAGAGAAAGGUGUUACAGCAGUUAUGUCAAAGAGCUGAAGACAUCUCUAACAAUAUGGAGUCUGGAGAGCGGCUGGCCUCCCCUGCGCCCACCCUGUCUGCUGCUCGCACCUCCUCCCCUGCGGCCUCUUCCUCCUCCUCCUCCUCUUCCUCCUCUUCGUCCUCUUCAUCAUCCCCAGCUCCCCACUCUAAGAGCAGCCUGGCCCCGAGCCCCUCGGCACUGGGAUCCACCCUCAGCACCUCUGGCCGUCUGUUUGGAGCAGCAGGAGAGCAGCCCUUCAUUGGCUCCACAUUGUCAAGUGCCUUCCCUCUGGUCAACCACCCAGCCUUCGGAGCCCUCUACACUGCCGGAGCAGGCAGGCCCGAGUUUGGAGGCUUGGGUUCCCUGGGCAUGUCAGCUGCUCUGGCUGCCCACCCCCAGCUAGGAGCCCUCUCUGAGUGGUGGCGAGCUGCUGAAGCUCAUGGACGGGGAGCUGCUGCCUUCCUCCCCUCUUUCAUCGGCUUCCCUCCUUUCUUCACCCCUCAUAUUCAGCCCAACCACAGCGCCAGUCCUGUUCAGAUCAGGAUGCCCGGCAAGAAUAGCCACGCUCCUCCUAAAGGGCUGAACGGGGCAGUGAACGGCAGCGGGGUCUGUCCUCCCACCACACAAUCAGGGAGCUUCUCCUCCAGUCCGGCUCCCGUUCAGACGUCGACCAAGCCAACGAAAAACUCAGACCACUCUAACAGUCACCGUAGCAGCCCCCAGAACAUGCCAGCAGAGGCGGCGGAGAAGCCGGUCCAGAAGACGAAAGAGAAGAAACCACGGAAGAAGCCAGCGGAUACCUGUGGGGGCAGCAACAGCGAAUCAGGCACAUCCUCAGACAGCACAAGUGACGGGUCCCUCAGCAGUGAUCUGGAGGACCUGGCCGAGGAUGAUGAGGACGACGAUGAUGAUGACGAGGAUGACGAAGAGGAGGACAAACUGUCGGACUCUGAGAAGCGGACGAAGAAGAAAUCAAAGUCCUUGAUAACCAGCACUGGAUCUGCAAAGACAGACAGACCACUCUCCGGGGAGCUCCAGGACAAGAAGGUCCCUUCCAACCCGCCCACCCUCGUGCCCUUACCCUGCUCUGCCUCCCCUCCCGCCUUGUCCCAAACCUCACCGCUGGCCCUGCACAGCUCCAGGUCUCGGACAGACGCGCCACAGCAACACUUUAGCGUGAUCCAGUCCACCGGCCUCGCUGCCAACUCAAAGCCCCUGGCGCUCCUCACUCAGCCUCGCAGGGAGUCCUCGCCAUCUUCCUCCCCCAUAGCGCUCACCACAUCCCCAAAGGCUCUAUCCAGCACCUCCUCCCCCAAACCUCCCAAACUGCUGCCCUCCUCCUCCCCUCAGCACCUGCCCCUCUCCCUGUGCUCUUCCCCCAAACCCCUCUCCGUACCCUCUCCGCCUCGCUCCACUCUCCCGCCGUCUACCUCCCCAAAAUCUUUUGGUUUGACCUCAUCUGUGACCAGCUCCCGGAAGUCCUCGCAGAAGCACUCCGGAUCUUCCAAAUCCAACAGGAAGAAAAUGCUGGAGACGUCCCUCGCACAGAUCAAUGAGUUCAGACUCAAACAGACUCUCAUGUCCCAAGGGCAGACGUUCCCAGCUGAGCUAAAGAAGCAGCAGCAGGGGCCAAACAAGUCUCCUAAGAGGACGUCUCUGUCUUCAUCGCCAUUGCAUCCCGCUCCUCCUCCUCCCCAGAACAAUCACUCCAACCUCUUCCUCUCGAGUGCCCUGCUGGGGCUCCCUGAACCCCACCACCCCAAUGGAGUCAUCCAAAGCACCACUCAGGACGCACCUCUGGCCCUCAUCACCAAACCUCGCAAAGACUCGACCUCGAAAGGCAAGUCCACUCAGUGCAGCUCCGACGCCGGGUCGAUGCCUGUCAAUCUGAGCACAGGGGCGAGCAGAACCCAAACAGCUGCCCACGCCGGGGCUCCGUCACAGCCCUCCACUACCUCACACCAUGCAGCAGGCCAUGGAUCCAGAAAGAACAAGACCCCCAAGGGUAAAGGACAGACACCGGGGCUAGGACAGGGACAGGGACAGUUACAGGGGCAGGCAGACCCUCUAGCCGCCUGGAAGGGCUUCUCUCAGAACCACCUGGUUCAGUCGCUGGUGGAUUUGUUUCGCGGAGGAGAGGCCGGGAUCGGGAUUCCUGGUGUUAGCAUCCCUGGAGUUGGAAUUCCUGGCAUGGGGAUACCUGGGACCUGUAAUCCCACAGCAGGUCUCAUGGCUAACAAGGAAUCUGAAGACUCUGGAGAUGAUGACGAUGAUGAGGACGACGAUCUUGAGGAGGAGGAGGAGGAUGAAGAAGAGGACUCAGAUGAUAGCCUGUCAGAGUCCGACAGUAACUCCGACAGCGACAUCUCUGGGAAGAAAGUGAAGGAGUUGAAGCUGCUGCCGUCUGGAUCAUCUAAGAAAGAGAUGACUCCCCGCAGGCUAACCAAAGGCCCAGAACUACUGAACACCUCAACCAAUCACACCGCCACCAGCUGCUCCCCGCUCAACCUGCAGGUCAUCAAGUCUCCAACCAUCGUCACCAGCUCCAGUGCCUUGGCCUAUCACAGCUCUCCGGGCUCCUCCUACAGCCUGGCUUCUCCAUUAGGCUUAGGGAAGAGGAAGAGGGUGAUGGAUGAGAAGGAGUUGAUGACACCUCUGGAGUUGGGGUGGCGGAGAGAAACCAGAAUCAAAUCAUUAGCGGGGCGGCCUCACGGCGAGGUGGCCUACUACGCCCCCUGUGGCAAGAAACUGAGGCAGUACCCAGAUGUGAUGAAGUAUCUAUCCAGAAAUGGAAUAAGUGGCAUCACGCGCGAUAAUUUUAGCUUCAGUGCAAAGAUAAGGGUUGGUGACUUCUAUGAAGCCAGAGAAGGACCCCAGGGCUUACAGUGGAGCCUGUUGAAGGAAGAGGACGUCAUUCCUCGUAUUUUGGCCAUGGAGGGCCGGAGGGGCCGCCCCCCUAACUCAGACCGCCAGUCAGCGGGCGACGGUGCCAAAGGUAACCGGCGGAGGAAGGGGCGGCCCCCGAACGUGGGCGAUCCGCUGGUUCCUGAGGGCCCCAGUCCCAGUGAGGUCAAACUGCUGCGUAAACUGGAGGCUCAAGAGAUCGCUCGACAAGCCGCUCAGAUGAAACUGAUGAGAAAACUGGAAAAGCAGGCACUGGCGCGUGCAGCCAAAGAAGCUCGGAAACAGCAAGCGAUCAUGGCAGCGGAGGAGAGGAGGAAACAGAAAGAGCAGAUCAAGAUUCUGAAGCAGCAGGAAAAGAUCAAGCGCAUUCAGCAGAUUCGGAUGGAGAAGGAAGUCAGGGCGCAGCAAAUUUUAGAGGCCAAACGCAAAAAGAAGCAAGAGGCAGCCAAUGCCAAAAUACUGGAGGCUGAGAAACGCUUAAAGGAGAAAGAGAUGAGGAGACAGCAGGCGGAGAUACUCAAACAUCAGGAGUUGGAGAGGCAUAGACUAGAUAUGGAGAGAGAGAGGAGGAGACAACAUGUAAUGCUGAUGAAGGCUGUCGAGGCUCGCAAGAAGGCUGAGGAGCGUGAGCGCUUGCGGCAGGAGAAAAGAGAUGAGAAGCGUCUGAACAAAGAGCGUAAACUGGAGCAACGGAGGCUGGAGCUGGAGAUAGCGAGGGAGCUGAAGAAGCCAAAUGAAGACAUGUGUCUGUCUGAUCACCAGCCUCUCCCUGAGUUCUCCAGGAUUCCUGGACUCAUCCUCCCUGGACGGGCCGUGUCAGACUGUCUGAUGCUGAUGCAGUUCCUGCGAGGCUUCGGGAAGGUUUUGGGGCUUGACCUGAAUUCAGAUGUACCCACCCUGGGCAUGCUACAGGAGGGGCUGCUGAAUGUAGGAGACAGCAUGGGCCAGGUCCAGGACCUUCUGGUUAAACUGCUGUCUCUAGCAGUCUGUGAUCCUGGUUUGCCACCUGGACAAAAGACUAAAACCAUGCUUGGGGACCACCUGACCAACGUUGGCAUCAACAGGGAUAAUGUGUCUGAGGUGCUACAGAUGUACAUGGGAUCCCAUUGUGCCAACACAGAGCUGGCCCCUCUGGCCCUCAGUCUGAAGACCAAGGCUUUCCAGGCCCACACGCCCUCCCAGAAGGCCUCCAUCCUGGGCUUCCUGGCCAACGAACUGGCCUGUAGCAAAAGCGUCAUUAGUGAAAUCGACAAGAACCUUGAUCAGAUGGCAAACAUGAGGAAGGACAAGAUCAUCAUGGAGGGGAAGCUGAAGAAGCUGAGGACCAUUUACGCCAAACGCACCGGGAGGAGGGAGGCCAGCAUGGGAGUGGAGGAGAACCAGUCCGUCUGUACGCCGUCCUCCGCCACCAAGCGUAAGAGGAAGCUGGGCGCAGACAGCGACGAGGACGAUGAAGACGAUGAGGACAGUGAUGACCCUGCUGAGGAGGAUGAUGAGGAGGAGGAGGAAGAAGUAAAGAAGGUCAAAAAAGUGGAGACAUAUGAUGAGGAUGAAGUGGAUCAAGCCACCAGCCUGGAGGAGCUGGACAAGCAGAUAGAGAAGCUAGCCAAGCAACAUCAUCAAACAAGAAGAAAGCUGUUUGAGAUUUCACAUUCUCUGCGCUCCAUGAUGUACGGUCAGGACCGCUACCGCCGCCGGUACUGGGUGCUCCCACACUGCGGUGGGGUCUUCAUCGAAGCCAUGGAGAGUGGAGAAGCUCCAGAGGAACUGGAGGAGGAGCGACAGAGGAGAAGGAGAGCUGCAGAGGAGGUCAAGGUGAAAGACGAACCUCAGGAGCUCGAGCUGCAGAAGGACAAAUCCUGCAGCGUGGAGGGGCAGAGCGCUCGAACACAAGGCUCAGAGCAGAGUGAGGAGGAGAAGGAGCUCGAGAAGAAGAACUCCCCCACUCUCUUCUACCAGCAGCCGGGCGCCGUUUCCAAGCUGUGCUCGUUCAGGGACGUCAUUGAGGACGUUGGCAAAGAAACUGUGAAGGCAGAGGACAAGGAGAACCCCCAUGUGAGGCACAACGGCAGCCCCGUGGGCGCUCCUGUUACCAAGACCACAAUAACAUCCUCCUCCCCCACUCACGGUACCUUUGAGCCGGCACUAGCAGCUACCCCCUCCUCUGUGAUCACUCAUGACUCUACACAUGUCCCAGCCUCGACCUCCCUCUCUGUCCCGGGCCUGCCAGCUCACCGUGAAAGCCCGGGGAACACUCCUCCGACCUCGUCCCCGUCUCCACUCCUCUCGUCCCAAGCAAACGACCAGCUGCUCCGAGUGCUGACGGAGCGGAGCGGACACUGGUUCAGUCUGCUCCCUCGUAACCCGUGUGACCUCUCCUCCCUCACCACCACUCCUCCAGGAGCCGCCCGGGUGUCUCCCCAGGCGUCCUCCACCCCAGCAAGGCCCAGAUCCCCACCUCAGUCCCCCGCUCUGCCACUCACUCCUUCUGCGGCCUCGGCGUCUGCGAGUCCGCACCACCCAGCUGGCCUCCUGAACUACCCGCUAUCAGCUCUGCAUGUGAAGUCAGCCGCUUCAUUGCUGGGAGUUUCUUUUGCAAGCUGGCCCAGCGGCGUGUUGAGUCCCAGCCUGCCGAUGUGCGGGAGCCCGAGCGCCUUGCUGGGACACUCUCUGGAGGGCCACACAGCAGCCAGCGUCUCCAGUAAGAGUGAAUCACCUUUACCUCGUAUUGAGAAAACCUCAUCCAUGCCCUCUCCUGCCCUGGAGAUGCCCAAGUCCCUGGACCACCAGACAGCUAGGCCUAUUCCAGAGGAGCUGCUGACAGGGUGGUGGCGGGUGUCUGACAUCGACGAGCUGAGGGCUCUGGUGAACGCUCUCCACAGCCGAGGCAUCAGAGAGAAGGGCCUCCAGAGGCAGGUUCAGAAAUACAUGGAGAUCAUCCCCCAGGUCUGCACCAAACACAGAGACGUGGCCAUGAUCGAGCUGCACGAGCUGGAGGAGAGCCAGGUCAGCGUGGAGUCGGUGCGGGGCUGGUGCGUGGAGGAGCAGGCGAUGGAGAUGGACAUCGCCAUGCUGCAGCAGGUGGAGGAGCUGGAGAGGAAGGUCACUGCCGCCAGCCUGCAGGUCAAGCAGGGCUGGACAUUUCCAGACCCUCAGUCCGAGCGAGAAGACCUGGUUUACUUCGAGCACAAGCCCCUCACCAAAUCAACGCCGUCCUCAGCAAACGGGGGAGACAAGGACCCCAAGGACUCCAAGGAGCACUCAGAGGAGCGCGUGGAGAAGGUCGGGGUGAUGCGUCACCCGGACAACCCGCUGGACAUAGCAGUGACCCGUCUGACCGAUCUGGAGCGCAACAUCGAGAGAAGGUACCUGAGGAGUCCCUUAGGUACCACCAUUCAGAUCAGGCUGGAUAAUGUGGGUACGGUCACUGUCCCUGCCCCCGCCCCAUCCACUAGUGCUGACAGGGAAGGUGGUGAGGAGGAGGUGGCCCACGGGAUGAAGGUGUGGAGGAAGGCCCUGAGCGAGGUGCGCAGUGCUGCCCAGCUGGCCAUGUGUAUCCAGCAGCUGCAGAAAUCCAUCGCCUGGGAGCGCUCCAUCAUGAAAGUGUACUGCCAGAUAUGCAGGAAGGGGGACAACGAGGAUCUCCUCCUGCUGUGUGAUGGCUGUGACAAAGGCUGCCACACUUACUGUCACAAACCCAAGAUCACCACUAUCCCUGAGGGAGACUGGUACUGCCCGGCCUGCAUAUCCAAGGCGAGCGGUCCAUCCCCCAAAAGCAAAAAACCUCCAAACAAACUGGUAGCAUCCGGUGGAGGUGGAGGAGGAGGAGGUGGAGGGGGAGCAGGAGGAGGAGGAAAGAAAGGAGGAGAGGCGAAGAAGAACGGGAAGCAGGCAGGUAACGGAGAGGUGGCGGAGGACGACCCGGCCAGCGCCAGCAGCACGCCGAAGAAAGGAGCGAAGGACACGAGCAGGAAGAGGAAAACAGAGGAGAGCUCACCUGCUCAGCCAGCAGCCAAUCAGGAGAGCCCUGUGUGUGUGAAACGAGCCAAGACCGCCAGAGACAACAACAGGGACCUGGGAUUAUGCAGGGUACUCCUUGCUGAGCUGGAACGGCAUCAGGAUGCGUGGCCUUUCCUCACGCCCGUCAACCUGAAAUCGGUCCCCGGGUACAAGAAGGUCAUCAAGAAGCCGAUGGACUUCUCCACCAUACGUGAGAAGCUUGUGAGCAGCCAGUAUCAAAACCUGGAGACUUUCAUCAUUGAUGUCAACUUGGUGUUUGAUAACUGUGAAAAAUACAAUGAAGACAAUUCAGACAUUGGUCGAGCCGGUCAUAACAUGAGGAAGUUCUUUGAGAAGCGCUGGACUGAGCUUCUGAAACAAACAAACUAAACGCGUGUUCAGAUUCUCUCCGUAAAACCCGUUCCAUGUUUCCGGUCUGAGCAGAAAUGUCUGGUUUUUAUUUCCUGGUGGAGAAUUUGGCUUUGAGCGACGGAAGAAGAAGACAAAUCUUAAAAUAAGGAACCCACGAUGUGCUUCAGAGAGAAGUCACCUUGAUAAAAAAACAAACAAGUCGUUACAUGAGGUGCGCUGGAUUUUAUUACAACAGGGAUAAGAGCCCCAAAGAGUCCCAGAGAAAUGGGGUGUCGUAGUGCAAUACCAUUCCCUGUCUCAGAACACUGCACUGAAUUAAUCCUCAAACUAUCACUGAUGUGUCUGCGCUAGAAUACUUUCCACUACCUGUAAAUAGUCUUUUGUUAUUUAAUCGUAUUAUAGUGAAUGUAUUUAAUUUUGUAAUAAUUAUUUAUGAAUCAAGGUCCACUUCAUUUUCUAUGAAAAGGAAGAAUCAGCCGAACUGCUUUGAAUUAAAAAAGGAAUGUGUCUUUGUGUUAUAAUUUCUCUCCCAAAUAUCAAACAAAGCCAAGAAAAGAAACCUGUUUACACUGUUCAGUGCUUUGGGGCAUCAGAGGACUGUCUUCAUUUGUUCAAACUGUAAAACUGCAUUUAUUUACAGAGCAGCAGAGGAACAGUCAGACAAUUGUGAUUCAUGUGUAUAUACUGUUUAUUAAUGUCAAUAUUAUGUCUUGUUUGGAACGAUGUGUAAAAAUUGUUUAAGAAUAUUAAGAUAUUGUUUAUGCCUUAGAAUGAUUGUAGCAUUCUAUUUUAGUGAACGUGAUGGAAACAUUAUCAUAAAUAUUGUUUGUACAGUAUAUACAUAUCCUCUGCAAACACUGUGGUAUCCUUAAUCUUGGUAGUGCCUACCCUUCCAACAGGGGCAUGUAGGGGAUGUUAUUGUUUUAGUUCUCAUUCUUAUGACGAUAUUAUUUUUUUAUAUGAUUUCAAUCCAACAAGGCCUCCAAAGUUGGACAGUGACACAGAAAUCAUUCCUCACCGUAGACGAUGACGACGACGAAGAAGAAGGAGAAAAAAAGGAACAACAAGCAUUCGGUUAUGCUUCCAUGAUGCAUUUCCUCGUAAUCUGCCACAAUACAGAGGACCUAAGGCCAUUUGUAACCACUGUGUUGAACCUUGCUGUGUGUUGUGGCCUGAUGGAGGCAGCUAGAUUUUUUUGUACCCAAGUCAAGAGUACUUGAAGUUACUUUAUUUAAGAUAUUGUGGAAUAAAAGUAUCAUUCUUUUGUAGGAGCUUUAUUUUUCACUAGUGUGUGGCACGGACCUAUUAAAAGGAUGUUUUUCAACGUAA